AUGUCUCAGGACGAUAAUAGUAUGCGAAAUAAUGAAAAUUUGGAAGAAAUAAAACUUGAUGAACCGGAAAAAGCCGUUGAUGGCUCAGAGAACUAUGAAGAAUCCAAAGAAAUAAAAGAAAAAGAAAUUGAGGUUAAUACCAAUCCAGAAGAAGAGGAAACCGCUGAAAAGAGAGAGAAUGAUCUGCAGGGUGAGGGUCCUGGGGAUCAUGGAUCGGAAUCGGUUCCAGAGAGUGCAUUGGGAAAUCCCGAAAUUGAAGUUAAUGAUGAUGACAGCGCGUUGAAUACGCCUAUCGAAAGACAAAAUGAAUCGAUGGAGUCUACUAGCUCUCCACAGCUGCGUGUUGCAUCGACUUCAAUUUCGUCUCGUACACCUACAUCAUCACAUAACCGUCGUCAGUCAAAUAUGUCAGUGAGUUCAACUGCUACGGUGGAUAACACACAGAUAUUCAAAAAGGUUUUCGAGAGUAUUUUAUCCAGUAAGGAUGCAAAGAAGAAUGAAGCUCUUAAGUCGGCAGUUCAAAAGGGCCUCGAUGUAAUCAACUCAGGAUCUAAGGAUUAUCUCACAAUACUAAGUGCAAUCAAGACUACUUGUGAGAAGGCAAAUAGUGAGUUGAAAGCCAAAGCUAUUGAUCUCUUCCUUAAAUUGUUUGAUUACGCUCAGAUUAAUGAUGAAAAGGAAAAAGUAGAAUUAACUGAUGCAUCUGUCAAUAUAAUCUCUUCGUGCUUUGAAGGUGAAGGUACAGAUGCGGAAGUUGAGUUGCAAGUUGUGCGUGCAUUAAUGCAUUGUAUUCUCCUAAUGCCUUGCCAUGGUGCUUCAUUGUUGAAGGCGGUCAGACAGAUAUACAAUGUUUUUAUCUUUUCAUUGAAUGCAAGAAAUCAGUCGGUAGCACAAGGAAUAUUGACACAAGUUAUUGCGGCUAUCUUCCAAAGAAUUAACGAUGCAUCUGCUAUGCGAAAUAAAUCUUCGAAGUCUGACAGUAAUUCAAAUAUUAAAUCUCCACAAAACAUGAGUGAAGAAGUUGUUAAUUCUGUGGAAGAAACAACUCAAGAAAGGUUAACUUUAGAAAACUUAGAAAAAAUUAAUGAUGAUACCAAUGACAAUGAUCGUGUCAAUGAGGCUAAUAAGGCUACAGAAAAAGAUGAAGACUUGGUAGUUAAAGAUGCCUUUUUAAUUUUCAGAGCAAUGUGUAAACUUUCGGUAAAACCGUUAGAAUCAGAUGCAUUGGAUAUGAGGUCGCAUUCAGUUAGAUCCAAAUUGCUAUCUUUGCAUAUUAUUCAUACUGUACUCAAAGAGCAUAUUGAAAUAUUUUUAAGUCAUGAUGUGGUUAUCUUAUCUUCUCAUUCUAAUGAACAGACAAGAUUAAUCAAUGCGGUAAGGCAAUAUGUUUGUUUAUCGUUAUCAAGAAAUGCGGCAUCCUCCCUUGCUCCAGUUUUUGAACUUUCAUUAGAGAUUUUCUGGUUGAUAAUUUCCAACUUACGUUCUGAAUUCAAGAGGGAAAUUCCUGUGUUUUGGGAUGAAAUUUAUUUCCCCGUAGCCGAAAUGAAGACAUCGACACCACAUCAAAAACGGUAUUUACUUUCUAUCAUUGAGAAGUUAUGCAAUGAUUCUAGAUGUAUUAUAGAAUUUUAUUUGAAUUAUGAUUGUGAUAGUUCUAUGCCUAAUGUUUGCGAAAAAGUGAUUGAUUACUUAACCAAACUCUCCUUAAUACGAAUUGAAGUAACUCCACAACAAAAGCAGGCAUAUAUUAAUAAUAGAAGGAAAGGAAUAUCGGUGUAUGAUAUUAGUAAGAUUGCCAAUUUGACGAGCAGCACUAUGGCUUCCAAACCACCUGAACCUGAAAUAUAUAAUAGUUUCCCAUUAGAGUAUGCAUUGAAGAUGACUUCUAUUAGCUGUUCUGUUGCAUUUUUACGUUCAUUAUAUUCCUGGGCCCAAAAGGGAAUUCGUAAUAAUACAAAAUUAGGAAAUGGUACCAUGAACCAAAAUGGAUCGCAUUUGUCUCUUAAUAUGGAGAAAACAAAAAGUGGUGGUGAUUCAAGUAUUUCUACUAUGAACAAUUCACGGAACGCUUCCUUUGUUAAUGGUUCUAAUACUGAUGCAUUCAGCGAAUCUGAUGAUCCAGAACAAUUCGAAAAUUUGAAACAACGUAAAAAAGCUUUCUUAGAAGGUAUAAGACAAUUUAACCAAAAGGCAAAGAAAGGUCUUAAGUAUUUCAUGGAACAGAAUUUUCUUGCUUCUGAUGAUCCCAAAGAUAUAGCGAAAUUUUUGCUUGAGACAGAUGGUUUAGACAAGGCAGCAAUAGGAGAAUAUUUGGGUGAGGGUGAUGAAAAGAAUGUCGCCAUAAUGCAUGCUUUCGUGGAUCAAAUGGAUUUUACUAAUAGUGGGUUCGUGGAUUCAAUGAGAAGAUUUUUGCAAUCAUUUAGAUUACCAGGUGAGGCACAAAAAAUUGAUAGAUUUAUGUUAAAAUUUGCUGAAAGAUAUCUCUUAGGGAAUCCUACAGUAUUUUCAAAUGCGGAUGCAGCUUAUGUAUUAGCUUACUCUGUUAUUUUGCUCAAUACUGAUUUACAUUCACCGCAAAUUAAAGUUAGAAUGACUCUAGAUAAUUUCAUUAUGAAUAAUGCUGGUAUUGAUGAUGGUAAAGACUUACCUCGUGAAAUGUUAGAGAGAAUUUAUGAUGAAAUUCAAGCGAAUGAGAUAAAAUUACAAUCCGAGCAACAUGCAGCAUUAUUGGCCGGCGAUAUGAAUAUGCCUCAGUCUACUCCCUCUAUGGGAUUCUUUGGAGGCCGUGAUUUAAAUCGUGAAGCUUACAUUCAUGCUUCGAAGGAAAUGUCUACUAAAACCGAAAAGUUAGUCAGAAAUUUAGGCAAACGGUUAAAAUCUGAUGAUUCUAAUGGAGGUGUCUUCUAUGCAGCUUCUCAUGUGCAUCAUGUCAAAUCAAUUUUUGAUACAUUAUGGAUGUCUAUCCUAGCUGGAUUAACACCACCCUUCAAAGAAUAUGAUGAAGAAUACAUCACCAAAAUGAGUUUAGAAGGAAUUAAAUUAUCUAUUCGUAUUGCUUGUAUGUUUGAUUUGGAUUAUGCCAGAACUUCAUUUAUUGGUGCUUUGGUUCAAUUUCAAAAUUUGAACAAUUUUCAAGAGAUGAAAACAAAGAAUGUGGAUGCAAUUUAUAUCAUGCUUGAUUUAGCUGUAUCUGAAAGUAAUAGCUUAAAGUCUUCAUGGAUUCAAGUAUUAACUUCUAUCUCACAAUUGGAAAGAUUGCAGUUGAUUGCUCAAGGUGUUGAUCAAGACUCAAUUCCGGAUGUUUCCAUUGCAAAAUUGGUGAAUAGGUCUUCAAUUGAUAGUACUGUGGCGAGCGCCGGUUUCUUCAGUCUGUUUACUUCUUCAGCCACUGCCUCCCAAACUGCAUCAAACAAAUUCCAUAAUCAACAUUUAAAUCAGGAUGUUGCUCAAUUAUUGACCAAAACUGAACUUGAAGUUGCUAUGGAUAAAGUUUUCACGAAUAGUGCUAAUUUAUCCGGGGAGAGUAUUGUUGAAUUCGUAAAAGCCCUAUCUAAAGUUUCUUCUGAAGAAAUUGAGUCUUCAGGCCAAAGUACAAAUCCAAGAAUGUUUUCCUUGCAAAAGGUGGUUGACAUUUGUUACUACAAUAUGAGCCGUAUUCGUCUUGAGUGGUCUCAAUUGUGGUCUAUAAUGGGUGAAAUUUUCAACAAAGUAGGCUGUCAUAGUAACCUGGCUGUUGUAUUCUUUGCGUUGGAUUCAUUAAGACAAUUAUCGAUGAGGUUUUUAGAGAUUGAUGAAUUAUCGCAUUUUAAAUUCCAAAAAGAGUUUUUGAAACCAUUUGAACAUAUCAUCCGUUACAACGAAUCGUUGGAGAUUAAAGAUAUGGUGCUAGAAUGUAUAAAUAACAUGAUUUUAGCUAAAGCAAACAAGAUUAAAUCAGGCUGGAAAACCAUAUUUGGGGUCUUGACAGCUGCAGCUAGGGAGAACAAAGAAUCUUUAGUCUUUAAAAGUUUUAAGAUGGCUAAUUGGAUUAAUAGAGAGUAUAUCCACGAGGUCCGCACUCAGGAAUCAUUCGCUGAUCUUGUUGUUUGUUUCACUGAAUUAGCGAAGAAUGAGCGUUUCCAAAAAGUUAGUUUGUUGGCGCUAGAUGUGUUACUGAAACUAAUUACACAAAUUGCAGGGUUUAGCUUCAAAACUACAGACAAUGAAACGGAAACAUUGGCCGUGGAUAAGGAUGACGUCGAUCAGCAAUCUGUAGUCAAGAAUGACGAUCUUGUUAAAUUGUGGUUUCCUGUUUUAUUUGGUUUCCAUGACAUCAUUAUGACGGGUGGAGAAUUAGAAGUUAGAUCUAGAGCAUUAAAUUCUUUAUUCGAUAUUUUGUUGAAUUAUGGAGAGUAUUUUGAAUACGAUUUCUGGGACCUUAUUUGCCACCAAUUAUUAUUCCCUAUCUUUAGUGUUUUAAGUAAUCAUUGGGAGUUGCAUAAUAUUGAUAAUAAUGAUAAAUUAUCGGUAUGGUUGUCUACCACAUUAAUUCAAGCGUUGCGUAACAUGAUUACAUUGUUUACGCAUUAUUUCGAUGCAUUAAGCAGAAUGUUAGGUGGCUAUUUGAAUUUACUCACAUCGUGUAUUUGCCAGGAAAAUGAUACCAUUGCUAGAAUUGGUAGAUCAUGUUUGCACACGUUGUUAAUAGAUAAUGCAGGUAAAUUCAACAGCGAGCAAUGGGAUAAAAUCACCCAUUCAUUUUCUGAUUUGUUUGAUUUAACCACUGCUAAGGAAUUAUUUACAUUGGACCCAUUACGUGCUAAGGACCAACACUCACCAAGAGAAGAAGAGUAUGGGAUCGAAGCCUUUGGCGAUGAAAAUAAUACCGACUCGCCAAUAAGUACGUCGUCGCAUGUUUUCGACGAUACUGAAGCAAGAUUGCGUAAAUCCAAGGAAAAGUCUUCGAUCGUGGUGAAGUGUGUAUUGCAAUUGUUGAUGAUUGAAACUUUAUCCGAGUUAUUUGAAAAUGACAUGUUUUAUGAAUCUGUUCCUCAUGACUACUCGGUAAAGUUAGCAGCAUUGUUACACGACAGCUAUGAGUUUGCCAGAAAGUUCAACGAUGAUUACGAUUUGAGAGUCAGGUUAUGGAAUGCCGGUGUUAUCGAAAGACUUCCAAAUCUUUUGAAACAAGAGUCGAGUUCCGCCGCCGUUUUCAUCAAUAUCAUGUUUAGAAUGUACUGUGACGACGACAAGACCAAUAAUCACUCUAAAAAAUCAAUCAUGGACUCCGUCAUUCCGUUGUGCAACGACAUAACCGAGAGAUACUCCGAAUUCGAUGAAACUAACCAACUGAGGAACAUAACCACUUGGAAACCAGUUAUCAUUGAAAUCUUCCAGGGUUUUGUCGAGCUCGACGAAGAUGACUUCCUCGAAUACACUCCAUUUAUGUACCAGUUGUCUUUGAAGCUCUUCUCAAAGAAUAUGACUCCGGACUUAAGAUCUGCAGUCAGAGUAUUCUUUGUCAGAGUUGGUGAUACCUUCAUUACUACAAAGAACAAAUAA